GCGCAGCGCAGCGAUGGGAGCGGCACCGGUGCCGUCCCCGCUGCCGUCCCGCCCCGGGGGUGUCCCCAGCGGCGGGACCCGCCCCAGUAGCAGCGAUGUGGGGCCGCCCCCGGGACUGCCCCCGCCCCCGGCCCGCCCCCGGCCCUCCGCUCCAUCCCGGGAUGGGCCGGCCGAGCUGACAGUCGGGCUGGGCGGCCGCCGCGGGCGCAUCCACCGGGCAGCGCCCGCCGCCGCCUGCCCGGCUCCCACCUGCGGCGGCGGCUGCUCUGGGGGCCGCGGGCCGGGCGGGGGGCACCGCACCGCACCGCACCGCACCGCACCGCACCGCACCGCACCGCACCAUUCCCCGCCUGCCCUCCAGGAUGAGCCCGGAGUAUUUCCUGCGCUCCUUGCUGCUCAUCAUCCUCGCCACCUUCUCGGCCAACGCCAGCAACUGGCUGUACCUGGCGAAGCUGUCUUCGGUGGGGAGCAUCUCUGAGGAGGAGACCUGCGAGAAGCUGAAGGGCUUGAUCCAGCGCCAGGUGCAGAUGUGCAAACGGAACCUGGAGGUGAUGGACUCGGUGCGGCGCGGGGCCCAGUUGGCCAUCGAGGAGUGCCAGUACCAAUUCCGCAACCGCCGCUGGAACUGCUCCACGCUGGACACCCUGCCUGUCUUUGGCAAGGUGGUAACACAAGGGACGCGGGAGGCAGCGUUCGUCUACGCCAUCUCUUCAGCAGGGGUGGCCUUCGCCGUGACCCGAGCGUGCAGCAGCGGCGAGCUGGACAAGUGUGGAUGCGACCGCACGGUGCAAGGCGGCAGCCCGCAGGGCUUCCAGUGGUCUGGCUGCUCCGAUAACAUUGCCUAUGGCGUGGCCUUCUCACAGUCCUUUGUCGACGUCCGGGAGAGGAGCAAAGGGGCAUCUUCCAACAGAGCGCUGAUGAACCUCCAUAACAAUGAAGCGGGGCGGAAGGCGAUCCUGAACAACAUGCGGGUGGAGUGCAAGUGUCACGGCGUGUCAGGCUCGUGCGAGUUCAAGACGUGCUGGAAAGCCAUGCCCCCCUUCCGCAAAGUGGGCAACGUGCUGAAGGAGAAAUUCGACGGCGCCACUGAGGUCGAGCAGAGCGAGAUCGGCUCCACCAAAGUGCUGGUGCCGAAAAACUCCCAGUUCAAACCGCACACGGACGAGGAUCUCGUCUACCUGGACUCCAGUCCUGACUUCUGUGACCACGACCUCAAGAACGGGGUGCUGGGCACCAGCGGCCGGCAGUGCAACAAGACCUCCAAGGCCAUCGAUGGCUGCGAGCUCAUGUGCUGCGGUCGGGGCUUCCAUACGGACGAAGUGGAGGUGGUGGAAAGGUGCAGCUGCAAAUUCCACUGGUGCUGCUCUGUCAAGUGCAAACCCUGCCAUCGGGUGGUGGAAAUCCACACGUGCCGGUGAUGCACGGAGGGGAGCAGCCGUCCCUUCCCCUCUCUAACUGACCCUGCUUCUCUCUUGCCCCGUGGCCAGGACUGAGCAAACGACCCAGACGCUGCAGGGAGAGCACAGCUCUACACAGAGACAGAGCCCCGGAGGAAAACAGAUUUUAAAAGAAAGGAGCAAAAAAAUAUAUAUAUUUAAAGUUUAAAAAAAAAAAAAAAAAACACCAGCCCCCCCCCCCCCCCCCCAAAAAAAAAAGCGAUCGUUGUUAUUUUUUAUUCUGGUCGGUUUGCUUAUUUAUUGCUGAAGCCAGAGCAGGGAUCUGCCGGCCCUCAUCGGAUGCUCUACGCUGAAUGUGGAGCACUGCAAACGGGAGAUGGUUUAACCUGAGGCUGAGUAGCAUUAGGCGCCGGGUAUCUUCUGUCACAAUCGUUUGUGUUUGUUACAGGCGCGCGUUAAGCAUCCCACGGCACGGCUGGGAGGUGAUGGAGCGCAGCCAGGAUGUGCAGCUGUGAGUGCUGCAGAGGAUGGGGUGAUGGGGACGGGGUGGCACUGUCCGUGGGUGUUAAUCACAAUGCAGGGAGAGCCCAUCCAGGGCUGUCGGUGUACGGAGUGUGCACGUACAGAGCCUCAGGGAUGCUCUGAGGCCUCCUGGGCACCGGGGAGCUGUUGGAGCAGCUCUGGCAGCCGCUGUGAUUUACAGAAGCUCCUCGUCAGCUGCCUGGGGCUGUCAAGGGACACGAUGUUCCCACUUCGUUCCCCGUCCCCUUGCAAAGCCGACCUCAGCAUCUUGCCAGAGGCUGCAAAGAGGGUGCAGCAGGGUACCUGCAAUCCAAGGACAAGCUGGGAGAUGGAAGGAAAUCCCAGGGGAUUCCUUUUCCUUCUUUCCAUAACCUUGUUCACCAGCAUCCCACAGCCAGCUCUCCUCCUCCUCCUCUUCCUCCACGUAAUCUCCCCAGGGGCCAUUCUGCACACCCAGUGAGGGCUCCUGGGGACGAGGUGACACACAGCCCGUCCCCAUCCCAGCCACAAGUGAGGAGAGCAGAGGUAUACAUGGAAGCAAUUGCUGGGAUGGGAGGAUGCGCCAUCCCGCUCCACACAGCCUGGUCUGCAGCAGUGCCACGAGGAUAACGUGCUGUCCUACCCGCUCCCACUUCCCCUCUGCCUGGGAUCGGGUUAGCAUAGAGCCCUUGCUGCUGGGCUGCAGGACGAAAUAUUUGGAGAACUAAUAAGCAGUGGGGCACUGUGAGGGGAGGUGGAAAUUGAACCAGUUUCUCUCUUCCCUUGCGCAGUUGUCUGAGAGUUGAGAGGCAGAAGGGAGCAAAGAAAAACCCCAAAAUGGCACCUCAAGCCAAGAGGAACAUCUGCAAGGAGCUGCUGUGGGGUGGCACUGCUUUCGCUGAGCAGUGCUGCGUGAGUGGGAGCUCCACACCUGGAGAUGGCCCAUUCCACUCUGGUCCAGAAGAGUUGUGGUCAUCGCCGUCUGGGCUGGGGGUCCUCACAAACCUGCGGGCUUAUUUUUAUUCCCUGCUUCAUCUAGAGAGGGGAAAGGUUAGGAGAACACGCAGACAUCCAUUAAAUCCUGUCUGUGCUGUGGCAGUGAUGGGCUGGGGGAGAGCCUGUGGUCGCUGGAAGGUCUCCAGACAGCGUCCGGCUGGAAGGCUUCUGACAACUGACUUGAUGCAGCAGUGGCUGUGGCUCUGGGGCUAAGCCGCGUGUCUGGAGCAGGGCUCUGCUGGCUUCCCCCACACCAGAGGACAAGGGAGGCCAGCACCAAGGGGCCUGAUGUCCCCCACCUCCCAAAACCUUCAGCAAAGGGCACCGGGGGGCGGUGACCCCAAUCCAGAGCUGCCAUGGGUUGUGAGCCGCUUCCAUCUUGAGCUCAGAGCAGCACCAAGCAAGGCUCCUCCUUGGCCGAGGGCACAGCACUGAGCCCCCGCGGGGGAUCUGAACUGCACUCCCCCUCUCCAUCUCCUUAGGUCCCAAGGCUGCGAGUUCUCAAGUACCUUGGAGACUGCUCCUCCUCUUCCCAGCUCAUGCAGAGGAGGCCACAGACCUCAGGCCACUAGCCAAGCGUUCUGCUCCUCGUCCAUCUAGGAUGAGGGCCAAAGCUGAACAAGACAAUCCAGAUCAGUGUGUAGAUAAUUGCUGCACAUAUGGGAUUUUUUUUUUCAAGCUGCGAUGAAAGCUGAGCCCUGUAAAUGUCACCCAGAGAUAGCCUGGCUCUGCAGCUCUCUGGCUCUUCUCAUAACUGUAAAUUUCGGGGAGGGAAGGGAAAUGCCUUUUUUCAUAUUGACUUUGCCUAUUAAAUAAUGAGUUUGUGCUGAA